CGUCAUAUAUUGUUUAUUUAAUCAUUAUUGUAGAUCAUCAUAGUUAACUAUGGGGAUGUAAAAAGGGAGAGGCUGUAUGCAGGCACAUACUAGCUUCAAGUUUUUUUCUCACUAAAUUUUAUUGGCCAGGGCCAAAGAAAAAAACCACUACCAAAGUGAAAGUAGACAAUACUAUUAAAGUAAAGUCUUUUAUUAUAUACAAUAUAUUAAUAUAGAGAUAAAUCAAUAUAUCAUGCUUUCUAGGUUGGCAUUGAACAGGACCAGUAUUUUGUCCAGAAACGUAAUCAGAAGUCUUACUACUAAAACCACCAUCACAGACCAUACAAAUGGUAGAAUUAUUACUUUAACUGAUCCUAAUCAUCCAGAAAUAGGUGAUUAUCCUAAUCCAACUCCAAUUUUUGCACAAAGAAAGGAUCCAUAUGCUAAAUAUGAUGAUCCUCAAAAUAGAAGAAAUAUAAAUGAUCCAGUAAAUAUUGAUGAUGAUUAUUAUGAUAUGUGGUCACCAGAUGUUUAUGAUGCAGUUCCUGAUUCAACAGCAUUAUAUCAUAAUUUUAUUUUCUUUUCAAUAGUUUUUGGAUUUGCUGGAACUAUUUGGUAUUUCCAAUUAAAUCCUGAAAAACCAGCUAUGCCAAGAUCUUUCCCAAGUAAUGGUUUAGCUAAAAGUUUAGGAGCUGGAGAUGAAGAAACUGCUGCAUUUUAUCGUGUUAGACCAGAUCUUACAGCUGAAAAGGAAUUGGGAUUUCUUGCUAAUGAUCAAGAUGUAGCUGACAAUAAGAAAUCUUAUGAAGAAACUAAUUCUGAAUUCAUUAAUCAAGCAUAAAUAUAUUCAUAUACUAUUUAGUGUAAACUAGACGUUCACAGAACAAUCAAUACAUAUAUAAUCAUAACUGAAUAAUAUGUAGUAUUAUAGAUAUUACUAGUAGUAGUACGAAUAAUGUGUAAUAUCUCUCAAUUGGUUGAAUUACGUAAUUACAACUAUCUUAAUCUUAACUAUAUACA